CGUUUGGUGACAGCACACAUCUGUUAUUGUCGUAAAAUCCUGAAAAGCAUCUGUUAUUACUUGGUUGUCACUCAAAAUUUCCUAUAUUUUGAAACAUUCAAGCUAAAUAUUCCACAAAUGUUUUCACUCUUCAACAUGUGUGAUAAUCAGUGGUAAAUAUUUACGAGUAUUAAUGAUGAUGUUCCUUUAUUAGUACAGCAACGUUUCGACCACAGAUCGGGUCCUCUUCAGGCUGAUACUAAUAUCAACUGUCGAAAGUGUUACCAUAAAGCGACCAAACAACUUCGGUCGUCACUUCAACAUAUGAACCCCAACAAGUUAUAACAUUAACAUGUGUGAUAAUGUUGCAACGGCCGAGCUUCCUGCUCAUUUAUCGCGUGACUUUCUGCGUGCUUGUCAAAAUGAAGACAUACAUAGAAUGAAAACUUUAGUGGAUAAAUAUGGAAUACGCAACUGGAGCGACCUCCGUCAUUCAACAUCUGGUGAUACAGCAUUGCAUUUGGCGGCACAAGCGGGAAAUAUACAUAUUGUGAAAUAUCUGUGCGAGUGUUUCGAUAUGCCGGCAUUUAAAAUCAAUGUCGCCAAUAAAGAUAUGAAGAGGCCUUUGCACGAAGCUGCACAAUUUGCGCAGAAGAAUGUUUUGCAAUAUUUAUUAGAAAAUGGUGCAUCAGUGGAUGCUUUAAAACGCGGCGACUGGACUCCUUUGAUGCUGGCAUGUACCAAAAAUGGUCCAGCAGCCUGCCAGUGCAUCAACGCUCUUUUGUCUGCUAGAGCUGACGCACAUUUACGCAAUAAAGAUGGCUGGACACCGUUACUUAUCGCUUGUCGAAGUGGUGAUGAGAAUGCUGUCGAGAUACUGUUGAAGCACUUGCCGAAGUGCAUCGACGAUCGAAGUAAUAAUGGUCGCAGCGCGUUGCAUAUUGCUGCAUUUCACGGUCACGAGAAAGUGAUCAACUUACUCGUCGCAUCAUGUGCGAAUCUCUUGAACGUACAAGACUCCUCAGGCUCUUCGCCACUUCACGAGGCGAUGAAACAGGAAAAUUUGAAUGCAGUGAAAUGCAUUGUACAUCUGGGCGCUGAUGUCAGCCUUGUAGACAAUGUCGGUCAAUCUAUUCUACACAUUGGCGCGCUGAUUGGAAAUUCGAAAGCUGUUAAAUACGUUUUAAAGCAGCAUUGGAUUGAUGUAAAUCUCCAAACUUUUUUUGGGAUUACACCGUUGAUGAUGGCUCAAAGAAAUAAUCAUAGCAAAGUUAUCGAGAUUCUAAUUAGAUAUAACGCUAAAUAAAAUUUUUAUUCGUAAA